AUGAGUCAGCGUGUGAGUGACGAGGUUGUGGCAAAGGCCAUGGGGGAAACAAGAAGUGGGCCUUCUUCACGUAGACAUGGAGAUACUUUGCCACAUAUUCACAAGGUGGGAGCACCUCCUAAGCAGACACUUUUCCAAGAGAUAAAACAUUCUGUCAUAGAGACUUUCUUCUCAGACAACCCCUUUGAAAAAUUUAAGGAUCAAACCAAGUCUAGAAAGUUUGUUCUAGGCCUUCAAUCUGUCUUUCCCAUUUUUGACUGGGGGAGAGGUUAUGAUCUUAAGAAAUUCAGAGGUGAUUUGGUUGCUGGACUCACCAUUGCAAGUCUUUGUAUACCUCAGGACAUUGCAUACGCAAAGCUUGCAAAUUUGGACCCCCAAUAUGCACUAUAUAGCAGUUUUGUGACUCCUCUUGUGUAUGCUUUCAUGGGAAGCUCAAGAGAUAUUGCCAUAGGACCCGUAGCUGUGGUGUCCCUCUUGCUUGGAUCUUUGCUUUCAGAUGAGAUUAGUGACACCACAAGUCAUGAUUACCUGCGUCUAGCCUUUACUGCCACCUUCUUUGCUGGAAUCACUCAAAUGACACUUGGAGUUUUCAGGCUUGGUUUCUUAAUUGACUUCCUUUCUCAUGCUGCCAUUGUGGGAUUCAUGGGUGGAGCUGCCAUUACUAUUGCAUUACAACAGCUUAAAGGUUUUCUUGGCAUAAAAAAUUUCACUAAGAAAACGGAUAUUGUCUCUGUCAUGCGCUCAGUUUGGAGUACAGUGCACCAUGGGUGGAAUUGGGAGACAAUUGUCAUUGGAACAGCAUUCUUGGUCUUCCUUCUUACAACUAAGUAUAUUGCUAAAAAGAACAAGAAACUCUUUUGGGUGGCCGCAAUUUCUCCAAUGAUUUCUCUUAUAGUGUCUACCUUUUUUGUCUACAUUACCAGGGCUGACAAAAGAGGAGUAUCGAUUGUGAAACAUAUUAAGAAGGGUUUGAAUCCAUCAUCUGCUAGUGAGAUUUUUUUCAAUGGAAAAUAUCUGGGUGCUGGUGUUAGGAUUGGUGUGAUAUCUGGUAUGAUAGCACUCACGGAAGCUGUAGCAAUUGGGAGAACAUUUGCUGCCAUGAAAGACUAUUCACUGGAUGGUAACAAAGAAAUGGUAGCAAUGGGAACAAUGAACGUUAUUGGUUCACUUACAUCUUGUUAUGUGACUACAGGAUCUUUUUCUCGUUCAGCAGUGAAUUACAUGGCUGGUUGUAAAACUGCUGUAUCAAACAUCAUAAUGUCCAUAGUUUUGUUACUAACAUUGAUACUCAUUACACCACUGUUUAAGUACACUCCAAAUGCGGUGCUUGCUUCAAUUAUAAUAGCUGCUGUGAUUAACCUCGUGAACAUUGAAGCAGUUAUUCUGCUGUGGAAGAUAGACAAAUUUGAUUUUGUGGCUUGCAUGGGAGCCUUCUUUGGUGUGGUCUUCAAAAGUGUUGAGAUUGGCCUUCUAAUUGCGGUGGCUAUAUCUUUUGCCAAAAUCCUUUUGCAAGUGACAAGGCCAAGGACUGCAGUACUAGGGAAACUUCCAGGAACUACUAUUUACAGGAACAUCCAGCAAUACCCCAAAGCGACCCAGAUUACUGGGAUGCUGAUUAUAAGGGUUGACUCUGCAAUCUACUUCUCAAACUCCAACUAUAUAAAGGAGAGAAUUUUAAGAUGGCUGACUGACGAAGAAGCCCAAAGGACCAGUAGUGGAUUGCCCAGUAUACAGUAUCUCAUUAUUGAAAUGUCACCUGUUACCGAUAUUGACACUAGUGGCAUCCACGCCUUUGAAGAAUUAUACAAGAACCUUCAGAAAAGAGAAGUCCAGAUUAUCUUGGCAAACCCGGGGCCCAUUGUAAUGGAGAAGCUCCACGCAUCCAAGUUAACAGACAUAAUUGGUCAAGAUAAAAUAUUUCUAACAGUGGCUGAUGCUGUUUCAAUUUUUGGUCCAAAGGGUGAAGAAGUAGUAUGA